UUAGUAAUGUUUUUUAUUUUUCUUUUGUAAAUAAAUGAUACAGGAAAGACCAACGGUUAUACCAUCUGCGGGAAAAAAAGAAGAAGAUGCAUUAUAUGGAUGGCAAGUCUGGCACCAGAACGGCACAAAAUGUCCGGAGGGAUCAAUUCCAGUUCGAAGGCUAAUUUCUCAUGAGAACGAGACUGUCAUCAGUUCUAACGCCGGGGAUAGAGUUACCGGUGGACAUGAGGUACGUAUUUGUUUGUGUUUUAUUUAACUAAAUAUUUUCCAUUAAGGCAGUUUAACAAUGAAUGUAUUCAUGAAUUCAUCUAAUGUGAACCAAACAUAAAUCUGACCAUGAAUGUCGAUGCAUAUGGAAAUAUAUUAAGAAUGAAUUUUUUAACACGCUAAAUGUUUUCCAUAUGACUAUUCGUUUUAUCUUUGGUUGGACUUCUCAUUUUGGUGGGCUUUAUGCAACAAAUUCUAUUAGUGGCUUCGCUUUUCUUCGGUUUAAAUUACAAAUUCUAGAAGUGGGUUCUCAUUUUGGUGGGUUUAAUUAACAAGCUCUAUUUAAUGGGUUCUGAUUUACUGGGCUUAAAUUACAAACUCUACUAGUGGGCUGGGUCUGGCCACUUGUGUCAUAUUUUGUUUUUGUCAUCUUUACAAUCUAAUACUAAACCAGAUUGGAUUAACACAUAUCACCACAUUCAUCAUAGUUAACCAUAUGAAUUUUCUUUUCAGAAGAUAAAAAAAUGCAUUUAUUUACAUAAA